AAUUUGUAAUGCAAUUAUUAACCAAAUUUGUAACGUUUGCGUAAGUAUAUUAUAAAAAGAAAGCUCAAAAAUGCAAACAAGAUUGGCAAUUUCUUCAUCUACAAAACUUCAUCGACUGUUAUUGGCACAAUCUCAAAAAUACAAAUCAUUUUCCUCUUCUACUGGAGGUCGAACAGCUGAUCCUGCCAUCCAUUCUGGACCUCUUGAAGGAGAUGACUUGGAGGAAUCCGUUAAAUUUUCAGAAAAUGAAAAGAAACAACCCAAUAUUAAGUCUGGUAAAGCCAAGGAUGCAUUUGUGCCACCCAAAUCUCCAAUCGGGUCAUCUCAAAAGAUCGAAAGCACAGGCGUGAAUCAACCUAUAGACCCUUUAACUCAACAAAAACGCCAGAUAUCUAGUAAUGCUACCGAAAAAACUUCAUUAGAAAAUGCUAGCUGUGCUGGAUUGGAUGGUUCCCCGUGGCCUGACGAAUCGAAAAGCAGGGGAGAUCAAUUUGAAGAUGACAAAGAGUAUUUUAGUCAUCAUAAGCCAUCUCCAUUAGCGGAAAUGGAGAUGGCUGAUACGAGAAAGCCAAUCACGCAAGCGACUGAUGCGCCUCCGGAUGAUGGCAUUCCUCUGUAUCCCGCCCCUUGGGGCGGGAUGAUGGUGUGGAGGCCGGAACAAUUGGAUACGGCUGAAGAAGCUCUUUUGAGAGCUAUGGAGAUAUGGAAAAUGAAUGCUAUGAGAGGUGAUCCAGAUUCACCUCAAGGUAGGAUUCUUAGAAAGCUUCGUGGUGAAAACUGGUGAUUUAUGCUUUAUAUGAUGAUUUCGUCUUGUUUUCUUUUUUGAAAUGUCAAAGACUCAAGGGUGUUAAGGAUAUAUUGUUUUUUUCCGAUCA